UACUUUCACCCUCAUGCGUUACUUCAGACCUUUAUUUUGGAAACAGACCAACAUCCGGUCGUGCGACGGUCGUUGACUUUAACAAACCGGCUAAGAGCAAAAGUACUUAACCAAAGAUGUCUUCUGAUCCUCUGAAGAAGCGGAAGACCAAAGUGAUCCGGAAUGAUGGAGGGACCCCUGAAACCAAACGGCUUCGAGGAGAAGGAGACCAGGAUGUGCGUACCUACAAUGAAGAAGCAGAACUGGAGAGUCGAGACCCAGAACAAGAUUACACGCUGUAUAAAAACACCUGUGAGACAUUGGCUACACUGAUGGGUGAAAUCCAAGAGCUGAAAGCCAGUGGCGCUAAAGAAGGGAGUGUUGAGGUUGAAACAAAGCGCAAGCAAGGAUGUGUUCACUUCAUCACUCUGAAGAAGCUGAAUCGUCUGUCUCACAUGAGACUGAAGAAAGCACGCGAUCAGACGCACGAGUCGAAGCAGAAAGUGGACGUGUUGCACCUACAGCUUCAGAAUCUCCUCUAUGAAGUCAUGCAUCUUCAGAAAGAAAUUGGCAAAUGCCUUGAGUUCAAGUCCCAGCAUGAAGAGAUUGAGCUGGUCAGUGUGGAUGAGUUCUUUAAGGAGGCCCCAGCUGAAAUCUCCCGCCCUCAUCUCACCAAAAACGACCCUCACCAGCUCACGCUUGCUCGGCUGGACUGGGAUUUGGAGCAGAGGAAGAGGUUGGCUGAGCAGUAUAAGAGCUCGCUGUGCACUAAGGAAAAGAUCUUGAAAGGAAUUGAGUUGAAGAAGGAGUAUCUGAGCAGUCUUCAGCCAGGCCUACAGGCCAUCAUGCAGGCGUCUCUGCCCGUGCAGGAGUACUUGUCCAUGCCAUUUGAGCAUGUGCAGAAACAGACCGAGGUCGCACGACACCUUCCUCCCCCUCUGUACGUGCUGCUUGUGCAGGCCAGUGCUUAUGGACAAGCUUGUGACAAGAAUCUGUCCGUGUCCAUCAGUGGAGAUGUGGAUGAAGCCAAAGCUCUUUCCAGACCACCCGAAGAUUCUCAAGAUGAUGAGAGUGAUUCUGAUGCAGAGGAGGAACAACAGAACACUAAACGGCGGCGAGGUACCGUUGGGGUUCAGCUCGAUGAUAAGCGUAAUAAAAUGCUGAAACGUCAUCCUCUCUCACUGUGCAUCGACCUGAAGUGUAAAGAUGGCAACGUGUUGCAUCUGUUUUUUUAUUACCUGAUGAACCUCAACAUUCUCACCGUCAAAGCGAAAGUUUCGGCCUCAGCAGACCUCUCGGGAGCCAUCAGCGCAGGGGAGCUGCUAAACCCAGAAUCUCUGUUGAACUGCCUGUAUGCUUCUGAUGACGGCCAAGAAACCCCCAACCCUACCAACCGCUACCAGUUUGACAAAGUGGGCAUCACAACAUUUGCUGAUUAUGUGUUGGAACUUGGACAUCCAUACAUCUGGGUGCAGAAGCUUGGAGGAUUACAGUUUUCCAGUGACACACCACAGGUUGAAGGGGUGCACAGCUCUCUUAGUGCCAGUCAUAUGGAGAGCACCAUCAAGCUGCUGAGAGGACGUCUGCUGUCUCGUCUGGCUUUGCACAAGCAGUUCAGCUCUUUAGAGCACAGCAUAGUUCCCGUGUCCACCGAGUGUCAGCAUCUCUUCCCAGCUAAAGUGGUCUCACGCCUGGCUCGCUGGACUAUGAUGCGCUACGAGGAUUUCCUGGAGUUAGGAUUUGUGCAGCACGCGGUGAAGGCUGGCCUGGUGCGGGAGACCGACCUGUUCUUCAUGGCAAUUGUGGAGAGGGGAACAGCUCGUCUUCAGGCUGCAGUGGUGUUGAAUCCACGCUAUCCAGAGAUCACACCUCUCUUCUCACUCUCACUGCUCUGGAAAGGAGAGCGCAGCGGCCGCACCGACGAUAACCUGCGGGCAUUGGAGAGCGAGGUGAAUGUGUUUAGAUCUGAACUACAGGGACCUCGACCAGGCCUGCAGCUCCUGACCAAUCAGAUCCAGCGUCUGUGUGUGUGUCUCGACGUGUAUCUGGAGACCGAAAGCCAAGUGUGUGACGGCUCAGAGGGCCCAAUAGAAUUCCCAAGGGAGAAGAUGUGCUUACGCUCUGUCAGGGGACCUAAUCGUCUGAAGCCUUUUAAGUACAACCACCCGCAGGGCUUUUUCAGUCAUCGUUAAAUCUCUUUUCUCUACAUUUUACCUUUUUUUUUUUUUAUAGCUUGAAAAAUUUUCAAGUGUUUGACUCAAUAUUGUAAUGUUAUACUGUGUAGAAUAAGAAAUAAAACACUUUGUGAUA